GAUCCUCGCGGAUGCUGUGUCCCUGCUCUCGGGCACGAUCCUUGUCUCCCCCAAAUCCCCACACGUAGAGUAGCCCGAAGAACUGGUCCGCAUGACAGCACAGAUGAAGAUGCCGACAAUCUUGUAUUUCGCGUCGGUUGAGGGAAAAUCCGCGAUUAUGUACGCUGGAAAUAAGCCAAAGUUCAUCUGCAAUACAGUUUGAUUCAUGAAAUGCAGCGCUAUCAAGCUAGCGGCGAUAUGUCUCCCUUGAAACAGUUGAAACAUAACCUAGCCACCUGCGAUCCUUCCACUCUUCCAUUCUGAGCGUUUCAUGAAUGACAUCAGGCCCUUUUUUGCCUUUUUGUAGUAUAGUUUAUCUCAGAAUCGGCUCUUUGCUGAUCACAGGGCGUGGUGUUUGUGCCGGGAUGAUACACGAAUUUCAUGUCGCUGCCCAAACUCAGCAGCCAAGACGAGGACGGGCACACCCCCCACACCCAAUUUACUGGGGUAGCCCACUUCGAGCCCAUCCCGCAUGACCACGAUUUUUGUGAGAGGGUUGUGAUAAAUGUCAGUGGUCUCCGGUUCGAAACCCAGCUGCGGACGCUCAACCAAUUCCCCGACACCUUGCUGGGCGACCCGGCGCGCCGCAUCCGCUACUUCGACCCUCUGCGCAAUGAGUACUUCUUCGACAGAAACCGCCCCUCCUUCGACGCCAUCCUGUACUACUACCAGAGCGGGGGGCGGCUGCGCAGGCCCGUCAACGUGCCGCUCGACGUCUUCUCCGAAGAGAUCAAGUUCUACGAGCUGGGCGAGCUGGCCAUCAACAAGUUCCGCGAGGACGAGGGCUUCAUCAAGGAGGAGGAGAAGCCGCUGCCAUCGCACGAGUUCCAGCGCAACGUCUGGCUGCUCUUCGAGUACCCGGAGUCAUCUCAAGCGGCGCGCGUGGUCGCCAUCAUCUCGGUCUUCGUCAUCCUCCUGUCCAUCGUCAUCUUCUGCUUGGAGACGCUGCCCGAGUUCAAGCACUACAAAGUGUUCAACACCACCACCAACGGCACCAAGAUAGAAGAGGACGAGGUGCCCGACAUCACGGACCCCUUCUUCCUCAUCGAGACCAUCUGCAUCAUCUGGUUUUCGUUCGAGUUAUCCGUGCGCUUCCUGGCAUGCCCCAACAAGUUACAUUUUUUUCGUGACGUCAUGAACUUUAUCGAUAUCAUCGCAAUCAUUCCGUAUUUUAUAACCCUGGCCACGGUUGUGGCCGAGGAAGAAGAUACUCUAAAUCUGCCGCGAGCUCCCGUCAGUCCGCAAGACAAGAGCACCAACCAGGCCAUGUCGCUGGCCAUUCUUCGCGUUAUCCGGCUUGUGCGAGUCUUCCGAAUCUUCAAACUGAGUCGGCACAGCAAAGGACUACAAAUCCUCGGGCGUACUCUGAAAGCCAGUAUGCGCGAGUUGGGCUUGCUCAUUUUCUUUUUGUUCAUAGGUGUGGUGCUCUUCUCCAGCAUAGUGUACUUCGCGGAGGCCGGCGCCGAGCAGUCCUUCUUCAAGUCCAUCCCGGACGCGUUUUGGUGGGCCGUGGUGACGAUGACAACCGUCGGCUACGGCGAUAUGAGACCCGUUGGAGUCUGGGGGAAAAUCGUGGGGUCGCUCUGUGCGAUCGCUGGUGUGCUGACCAUCGCCCUACCAGUACCUGUCAUAGUGUCAAAUUUCAAUUAUUUCUACCAUCGUGAGACAGAUCAGGAGGAGAUGCAGUCGCAGAACUUCAACCAUGUGACCAGCUGCCCGUACCUGCCAGGCACUCUGGGCCAGCAUAUGAAGAAGAGCUCGCUGAGCGAAUCCUCCAGCGAUCUGGUCGAGUUGGAGGAAGGACUGAUGGUGACCCGCGACCAGCUGGCCCAAAAGCAGAACUGCAACCCACGCCACAACAACAACAUCAACGCCAUGAGCAUCGAGACUGAUGUUUGACUACGAGUGACGGAUGCGCUGCGCAAGCAGCCACCAAGCACCCCCGGCCGCUGCGUAAGCAGCUCUCAGCGCUUCAGCGAUUCCAGGCCUUGCUCGCUGUCGUUUUCUUCUGCAUCAGAAGCAUCGGCAGCAACAACCGUCGAUCCACAACCGCCAACGACAUCGACAACAACAACAACAACAAAUCGCGAGUGCGUCCGCGCAGUGCUCCGUACAUUUUUCGAACUGUUACAUCAAAUUCCUAGGACCUUUAUUCGGUACUUUUGUACAACUAUAACGAUUGUUUUUGGGUGAGAUAUCCUGCCAAAAAUAUUACAUAAUUACAUAAUAAAUACCUAUAGAUAAUAAAUAAUUUUUAAUGAUAACGAUUGAAUAAAACAACACCAUCGGCCGUUUUUCUACUGGACGGCAAAAACGCCUCUCAUUCUGCGCAUUCUGUAGACUGUUAGCGCAGGUGGCUACUGCCAAAGCAGUUUCCGAACGGAACUCAUGAAAAUAUGCUGGGUGUACCCCAAGAUGAUGAAUAUUUCAGUAAAACCAACUCGAUGGAAAUGGCGCAUGAAGGGCAAGGAUUUUUUCUCACAAUGAAUUGAGAAAUGAGUUGUAUUCUUUGAAACGAUAGAGAUCUGACGUCACAAGUACUAGACUAACCUCAAAAGUAGUCGGUUUGAUUCAGUUAUCAGGGGACAUACAGUUAAUAUGAUAGUAAUAUACGGUCAAGGUUUUCAAAGUCACUAAUUUCAUUCGACUCGAUUUUUGGGAUUUCUUCCUGAUGUUUUGCUGGAGCAAGUAACUAGCUUCUUGAGAGAUGUAUACAUCUUGAGUUCAUAUCCGAUGACAAGGUAUCACAACAGCGUUAGGCGUAUUUAUGUUAUUUCGGGUAGUUUGGUGUACUAAUACAUGUACCUGGAUUUUCAAGUUAGAGCAGAGAGCUCCCUGUCUGACAACAGAGAUCGUCGCUGUAGUGCCACAGGGAGCUGUGCUCUCUCCCACGUUAUACUCGCUCUACAACAGCGACCUCCCGAAGUCCGAGCGUGUGAAGGUGUUUCCCUACGCCGAUGAUAAGGCUCUGCUCUUAUCUUCCAUGGGUCGGAGUUCUGAAUCGUCUACCGAGUGAACCCGGAAAAUACUCAGGCGAUAACCAUGAGAAGAACGAUAUCUUCUCCGGCUAGGAAAGUGGGGGUCUUUGGAAGAGAGAUCAACUGGCAAGCGCAGGUAAAGUACCUCGGCCUUCUAAUAGACCGUAGGCUCACCUGGAACCCGCACAUUGAAUCAGUCAAAACAAGGAUCGAGAGUCGGAUCAGAACUCUGAACCCUCUGAACAAUAGAAGACCCAAAAUGAGUUUGAAGAACAUAAUUACCAUCUAUAAUAUUAUGUUCAAGCCUGUCAUCAUGUAUGCUUCAGGCGUCUGAGGACAAGCGGAUCCAAGCAAUACUACAUCCUGGAGAAACUACAGAGAUUUGCAGCUGCCUUUCAUUCAGCAGUUCAUUCAGUCUAGGAAUCGGCGAGUUUUCGAUUGUGCGGAAACUCACGAUAAUCCGUUAGUUA